AUGAGGUGUGAUUUGGGAAAAAAUUCUUUCACAUCUGAAACUUUUAAUUAACUUUUAAAUUUGAACUGUUUUUUAUUUUCCAAAAAAUUCAUUCCGCAUAAUUUUCAGCAAAAUUCUCUCAAAUUUGACUUCACCACAACUCAAAAAAUUUCUCGAACCAAUCUACAACAACACUCUAAAAUUGUCUGAAAUUCGCGAGCAAACGCUGAAAAUCGCCAAACAAUUCGGAAUUCACAAUGAAACUCGUCGAAUUUUUGAGGAAAAAGAUCGGAGAAAUCAAGAAACUUCGAAAUUGGUCGAAAAAAUGAUUGGGGGACUUUUGGAGCAUCAAAAGAAUAUUCGAGCAAUUUUCCGGAAUCAAAAUCAGACGAGACUAGAGAGAUUGGAAAAAUUGGAGAAAUAUCGAGACGAAUUUCCGAUUGUGAGUUCGGAGUAAAAAAAAGCGGGGAAAAUCCACGUGGAAAAGUUAAAACGCAAAAAAAUACAGUAAUCUGUGGGGAAAUUUAGAUUUAUUUUUUGAAGUUUGAAUUUUUAAAAUCUCAAAAAUUUCAGGAAACCGCCGUAAUUCGCCAAAUGUUCCGCCAACUUCUCUCCAAAACAACAAAAUAA